CUUUAAGAACGCAGCUCGCCGCCGGCACUCGCCAACGCUCCCCUCCUCAACCCCUGCUCCGUUCGGCCCUCUCUCUUCCUUCUCUUCUAAAGCUCUCUGCUUUCACCACCAUCUCUCAUCCAUCCCAGUUCCUCCCCCCUCGCCUCGCCUCGCCUCGCCUCUCCUCUCGCUCCUCUCCUCCUCACUUCUCCUCUCUCCUCCCUCUCUCCUGUCUUCUCCUCUCCUCUCAUCCCCUCCCCCCCUCGCUCCACGUCGCGGCUCUGUGCGACUCCUCUUCCUCCUGUUUUCAAUGUGGAUUCCCCGUCCUCUCCUCCCGUUUCUCCAUCUCACCAGCAUCAGCAAAUUCUGAUAUGCUAUGCGAGCUCUCAGAAGAGCCUGCCUGACUUACCUGCGGCGCGAGGGAAAGUUACUUUCCGAGUUGCUAGUAGAAGAGGAGGGAGGGAGAGGCAUAAGAAGCGAGCGCUCAAGACUCCCGGGGGUCCUGCUCCGCCCGGAGUUCGCAUCUUGUCCCUGUGGCCGGUGUCUUAAUCUGCUUGCAAUUCCCUCGCGGAGCGAUUAGAUUUGAAUCUUUAAGUGUGCGACGGUGGGAAGCAGGACUCGGGCUUGGAGCUGCGAGGGUCUAGAGUGCAUUCUGGAGCGAGGAUAGGGUGUCGGACCACUCGAUCUGAGAUCUCCGAACCAUUUUGGACUCCAGCCGACGGCCGUUUCGAGGUUGUGGUAAUGAAUUUGAAGAAGGAUGGAAUGUGUCAUUCUAGCGAUGGAUUGUGACGCUAAAAGGAUGAGAACAGGGGAGUGGAGGUGGAGGGGAGGGUUUGGGAGACGUGCAGGGAGAGGUGAGAUGGCAAGAAGAAGAGCAUAAGGGAGGGUGUUUAUAGGAGGUGAAGGGUUUUUGAGGAGGAUUGUUUCUUCAGUGUGCUUGUUCGUCCUGUUUGGAGUGAGAUUGAAAAUAUAUUCUGGUGUCUUCAAGUGUGGUCACCAUAGCUCCUCUUUUUUUCACUCCUGGGGCCGCCGUGUCAGUGGAUUGUCACCCUUUCCAUCCUCCUCCCUUGAUGGAUGGACCAUGGGUGCAAUCCGCCACUUCGGUGGGUCUCAAGAGGAAGUCCAUGAGCCUGAACGCCGAUGGAGUCAAGGAGACAUCUGGUGCCUUGGGUCCGGAUGGGUUUCGGUGGGAGCCUGUGGUGGCUAAAUCCCGGGAGGAGAAGAAAGAGCUUAGGAAGAGGCUUAAGAUGCAGCUGGAACAGGUUGAGGGUUUGUCCAUAAAGAUUGCCGCGAGGCAGGAACAGCUGAUGAAGGGACUAGAUCGUGGCGUUCGAGCCACUCAUAGUGAUGCUCACCUGUCUCGGACUGACAAUGGAGGUUCUGCGGGCAAAGAAGUUACUUCCGAACCCCCCGCCCCGGUCGAAACUCCUCGAGCCAUGUCCCAAAGGGAAGCCAGGCUGGCGCGGCAGCCCAGUGUCAUUGUUUCGGGCGAUAGGCUUCAGGGAACCCCUGGUGUCGCCGGCAAGGAGAAGCGCACUCCCAAGGCUAAUCAACUCUAUCUCAACUCCGAGUUUGUCUCUGGGAAGGACAAGAUGCCUCCAGCGGAGAAGCUGAAGUCGAAGUCUGGAGUUGGGGCCAAACGUGGGGCUCAAGGAAAGGCAUCAGAUGCGAGGGACGCAAAGCGCGCCAAAGUGGAGUCCGCUCGCAGCAAGCGCAUGUCGGAUAUCAUGAAGCUUUGUGGUACUCUGUUGAAAAAGCUCAUAUCUCACAAGCAUGCCUGGGUGUUCAACGAACCAGUGGAUGCUGUGAAGCUCGGCCUGCAUGAUUACCACAAGGUCAUAAAGAAACCGAUGGAUCUUGGGACCAUCAAAUCGAAACUUGACGGAGGUCAGUACCACGUCCCCGGGGAGUUUGCUGAAGACGUACGGCUGACUUUUCGAAACGCUAUGACGUACAACCCUAUAGGUCACGAUGUGUAUGUUAUGGCGGAGGUUCUUAGAGAUUUGUUUGAAGAUCGAUGGAAAAACAUAGAGGAUAAGGUAGAUGAGGACAAACUCAAGGUGAAGGCCGAGGAAGAAGCCUUAGCUGCCGAAGGCCAUGGUCAAAGUGAGCAGUAUAACGAUCUGAAACAGCAUCUUAGAAAUAUAGAAGAUAAAAUACAGUCGCUGUCGAAAACAACUAGGCCCAGCAGCGGACGGCCUCCUGCGCAGCCGAAGCCAAGGCCGGACGAUUUAGAGAAGCGUCCUAUGACUUUUGAAGAGAAACGGAAGCUCAGCAUUGCGUUGGAGAAUCUACCUCCGGACAAACUCGAGCGUAUCGUUCAGAUCAUUAAGAAGAGGAAUCCUAAUGUUAGUCAAAACGAGGAUGAAAUAGAGGUGGACAUAGAUUCUUUCGACAAUGAUACGUUGUGGGAGUUAGACCGUUUUGUCACGAACUGUGCUAAGAGCAGGGGAAAAGUCAAGAAGAAGGUAACCCCGAAGGAGCCUCCUCCACGGCCUGAGCAAGAUGGCUCCCAGGCGCAAGAUAACGGGACUGGCGAGACUCCAAAAAAACCGCGGAAAGGUGCGGAUGCUGAAGAAGAAGAUGUUGACAUAGACGAUGACCUAGCCCCCACGCAGUGCGCGCCCGUAGUCAUUGAAAAGGAUGCGGGUGGAGCAUCUAGCAGUUCCAGUAGCUCGAGCAGCGACUCUGGGUCCUCUUCCAGCGACUCUGAUUCAGGGAGCUCUUCGGGGAGUGACUCAGACGCUGAUGAACCUCAGAAUGUUGAAGUGAACUCGAAAGCGAGUCCCGCUGCUGAGGCGGAGGUUUCAAAAAAGGAUGCAGUUGAUGACGUAGCCGAGCCCAAUGAGGAGCCCUUGGCUGGCAAAAUGUCCACUUCCGGUCGGCAAGAUGAGCCAAGGGAGGAAGGUCUACCUGAGAGGCAGGUGUCCCCAGAAAAGCUCCUCCGGGCUGCUCUGUUAAGGGGGAGGUUUGCUGAUACCAUCCUUAAGGCUCAGGAGAAGACCUUGCCUCUUAACAAGAAUGAAAAGGUUGAUCCUGAGAAAUUGAAGAGGGAUCGCGAAGUUCUUGAAAAACGGCAAAAAGAAGAGAAAGCUCGUCUCUAUGCCGAAGCGAAAGCUGCUGAAGUCACUCGGAGGAAGGCUGAAGCAGAGGCCGCCGCUGAAGCCAGGCGAAAACGAGAAGCUGAACGGGAGGCCGCAAGAAUUGAACUUCAGCAAAUGGAGAAGACGGUGGAGAUAGAUGAGAACAGUGAAAUUUUAAAGGAUUUGGAAAUGCUUCGAAGCCAAGCCAGAGAAAGUUCCGGCGACGAUGGUAGUCCAAAUUCUGAAAGUCCCGACGGAAUGCCAAUAUUUGCCCUGCAAGGAGGUAAUCCUUUACAUCAGCUAGGGCUCUUUAUAAAGCAAGAUGAUGACGAUGAGGAUGAAGACUACGAAAAGCACAGUGAAGGAGACAGACAAGAAGACGAUGAGAAGAAAGAGACGGAAAAUGGUGUGGACGUGGAGGAAGGCGAAAUUGAUUAGUCAACGUUGUAUCAUAAUUUCUUAUACUUUGCCACCCAGCAGUCUGCAAUUUGGAAUGGAGCAAUCAGUUUUCUGGAACUCUUUUGUUAAAACCCAAUGAGUAGAUCAGGUGUAGGACUCUAGACAUCUCUGUCCUUGUCCUUUCUCCAUAGCCACAGAUUUUGCCGUGUGGGAAGGAUUAUCAGGUAGUAGUGGUCAAAGUGUCUCUACAUUCUAAUUACCGAGAUACGGGCCACCGAAGUCUGGAAGUUCCUGCUCUGCGUUUUUUGCGCGGGUAGUGUAAGCAGUUGGACUCGGUUCUAUGACUUGUCAAAGCCUAUUUGUUAGUUUGGGUUGAAUGAUGAAUAGAAGAACUCGGAUUCUUCCGACGAGAUAAUGUUCCCAGUAGCGAAGAGCAUAGUUAGGAGAGUUAAUGAUAGAAUAGUGCCCACCCGCUGAACGCGGAAUCGGCUUACCAUGUCAAUAUGGUGUACUGUACGAGUAGACUUCCCACUAAAGUGACGGGAAAUGAGUGUCGAAAUUUUCAUGGAAUGAUCGGCUUUGUAAAAUUAGACUUCAAAAUCCAAAAUGACAGCUUACUCUCGAUCCUU